UGUAGAUGGCUCACUGAAAUCCACAGGCAAAACACUCCGUCUGCACCGAACGGAGAAACUUUAAACUCCCUGCACGGGACUUGGCAGAUGUCAGUGGCGCUCAGGGCAGGUUUGAAUGCAACUUGCAAAUUGAGACCUGUCAGACUAAGGUCUCCCCUAGUACAUUACAAUUCUUUCCCCCACCCCCUACGCGUUUUGUACAGGACUCCCACGUUGUCUUCGCGUUUAAAUCCAGCAUCCUUUAUGCUCUAGGUGAAAUCUCUCUCCCCACAUCCAUAGACUGAAGAGCAACCAACCCCCCAGGCGCUGAAGGCACCACGAUGGGGAGUGCUGCGUGUAUUUCCUUACAGGAGGAAACCUCCGCUGACUGCAUUGCCACUUGGAAGAUGAAUAGCUGGACAAAGUUGGGUUUUUUUUCUUUUCCGGUCGCCUGGAUCAGCUGUCCCCGCCUCCUUUCUCUCUCUCUCCCCCUCCCACCCAAACCCCUAGUCUGGAGCUUGUAUGGUACGUUCCGCACGUGAGCUGGGUGCUGGUCUGGCUGGCGACGCGCGUGCCCUGUGGCCAAACACUGAUCAGUGAGUGCAAACUACCAGCACAGUGUGUGACUGUGAGUGCAUGAGUGGGAGAGAGAGAGAGACAAGGAGAGGGGAGACAAACUGCUUCACACUUUCCCCGGUGCACACAAGAGACAGCGGCUGCAUGUGCACAGUUUUGCUCAAAGAUCUCCAAAGACUCUCAGCAUCCCACAGAUUCAAUCAAAAGCAACAACAAAAAAUCAGCUGUUGUCAAACAUGGAUGAAGGAAUCCCUCGUUUGCCAGACAGGCAGUUGCUAGAACAUGUGGAUUUUAUAGGACUGGACUAUCCAUCCUUGUAUUUGUGCAAACCCAAAAGAGGCAUGAAAAGAGAUGAGAGUAAGGAAACAUACAAACUGCCACAUAGACUGAUAGAAAAGAAGAGGCGAGACAGGAUAAAUGAAUGCAUUGCUCAGCUAAAAGAUUUAUUGCCUGAGCAUCUGAAAUUGACGACUCUGGGGCAUCUGGAGAAAGCUGUAGUUUUGGAAUUAACUUUGAAACACUUAAAAGCUUUAACAGCCUUAACGGAGCAACAGCAUCAGAAUAUAAUUGCUUUACAGAAUGGGGAGCGGGCUAUGAAGUCCCCCAUUCAGUGCGACCUGGAUGCUUUCCAUUCGGGAUUUCAAACGUGCGCCAAAGAAGUCUUGCAGUACCUCUCCCGGUUUGAAAGUUGGACUCCCAGGGAGCAGAGAUGCGCCCAGCUCGUGAACCAUCUGCACGCGGUUUCCACUCAGUUCUUACCCAGCCCCCAGCUGUUGACUCCACAGGUCCCCGCGAGCAAAGGAUCCUCCUCCUCCUCUUGUGCACAGGAUCGCACCGGGCAAAAGCUGGAGGCUCAGACUAACUGCGUGCCCGUCAUCCAGCGGACUCACCCGCCGGCCGAGCUGAGCGGGGAGAAUGACACCGACACAGACAGCGGCUACGGAGGGGAGAGCGAGGGCAGGCCGGAUCGAGAGAAGGGCCAAGCCGCGAGGCUGCCCAGCCUGACUAUCAAACAGGAGCCUGCCGGGGACGAGGCCCCAGCGCCCAAAAGGCUGAAGCUGGAUUGCACCAGCAGCAGCAGCAGCAGCAAUAGCCACAGCGCCCCCCUCCCUUCCGCCGCCGCGCUCAGCCCGGACCCGGCCGCGGCUGCCCUGCUGAGACCCGACGCCGCCCUGCUCAGCUCCCUCCUGGCCUUUGGAGGAGGCGGGGCCGGGGCUCCCUUUGGCCAGCAAGCCGCGGCCCCGCUUUGCCUGCCCUUCUACUUCCUCUCCCCCUCCGCGGCCGCCGCCUACAUGCAGCCCUUGCUGGACAAGAGCAACCUGGAGAAAUAUCUCUACCCGGCCGCCGCCCCCAUCCCUUUGCUCUACCCCGGAAUCCCCGCCCAGGCCGCCGCUGCCUUCCCCUGCCUCUCCUCGGUGCUGGCGUCAGCUGAGAAGGCGAACGCGGCAGCCGCCGCCUCGGCCCUCCUGCCUCUCGACGUGGUCUCGCCUUCCCCGCACCUGCCCCAUCCCUUCGCCGCUGCUUGCGAGACAGGCACCAGCGUGGGGGACAGUGACCUUCGCUCCCCGGAAGAUCUUUUGCAGUCCGGAAAGGAAAGCCCCUGAACUGGGCCACAGGUCCCCAGGGUUCAGCCCAUCCCUGCUCCCGAGUAGGGAGGAAGACGGAUUCCCCACCCUACUCAAUCAUAACAGCAACCAUAAGAAUCAACCUGCCCACCCACCCGCCACUUUGUGGUCUCACAGGAGAACGCGUGAAUCGAUUCGCACGCUGUUUCCGUUGUUGGUGUUUCAUUUCUUUGGGGUUCUCUCCUGCUGCUGCUCCUUCCCCUUCCCUUACUCUGCUGUAAAAGAUCCUUUGCAUUUCUGUGUUACAUAGAGAAUCACUCACUGUCUCCACAUUUACCGAAAGGGAGCAAAUAGAAACAGGCUGAACGGUCAGGUUCAGUUUCCGAUCCAAAGUCUCAGUGACAUCUGAAAGUGGGUAGGCAAAAAAGUUGCCAUGGGAGCCGCAGACGAUAUCUGUGGACACUCUAGAAAUGUGUAUUAUUAAUAAUAUAUAAAAGCAGCUAAAGAUCACACGGUAUCUGACUCAAAGUGGGGCUGGGGUCCUUAACUCUAGCAGCUGCUGCCACUGCUUAAGAAUCUUUAAGGAUUAAAUUUGCUACUCAGUAUUUUUUUUUAUGUUUGGCUUUAUAAAUGCAUAAAUAUGUUAGAAAAGAAAAAAAGAGUAAGGAUUGUUUUUCUCUAAAGUAACUUAAAUGUUGCACCUUAUUUUGAAAAGGUUUUUUGUAGUAUCUCUAUGUUCCACUUAGUAAUUUGCACUUGUUUAAAGAUUGGUUCGUUGUCAAAAUGGGGGAGGGGCAGAUAGAGAAGAUGAGAAGAAUUUUUAAAUAUAUACAUUCGCACUUUAUUGACAAAUGGACCAUGAAUGAAUUGAUCUUGAGCCCAGUUCUUCAGUGCUUUGAGUACCCAGAGUUGCUACUGGCUUCAGUCAGAGUUUUGGAUGCGCAAGGAGUAGAAGAUCAGGCCCAUGCUAUAAUGUCUUAUUAGCUAAGAUAUACAGAGGUAUGGCAAGUGCAUUUGUUUCCACCUUGUCCUUAUUUAAUUUCAAUAUUUUCCUGAGUUUUUAUAACCUUGCUUUAUAAAAUGAAUGUUUCUGCACUGAACUAUAAACAAAACAAAAAACUGACAACCCUAAACUAAUUUUAUCCCAAAUUAAAAACUAGAGGAAAUUAUUAAACGUGUCAGUUUUUAAUUAGAAAUGCUUAUAAAAUAUGGGAUAAGGACCCAUGCAGUCCUUCUGUCUCCAAAUUUUGUGAUUUCCCUUUCUGGAGACUGUACAGAUGCCAGAUAAUCACACAGACAAAGCUUUUUAAUAAGGCUUAAAACAAGACCUUGCCUAGAUAUUUUUAGUUUGUUGCCAAGGUAGCACUGUGAGAAAUCUCACUUGAAUGUUAUGUAAGAGGUGAGACACAACUGUCUGACUCUGAGUGAAUAAGUAUCCUGGGUCUGUUAGUCAGUUUGGUUGCAUUUGCUGCUGCUGUUGCUACUGUUUGCCUCAAACGCUGUGUUUAAACAACGUUACAAAAAAUCUUACUAGCCUGCAGAAUGGCUGUAUGUAAAUAGUUGUUAAUACAUCCAAUUAAUGAUGUCUGACAUGCUAUUUUUGUAGGGAGAAAAUGUGUUAAUGAUAUUUUGAGUUAAAUAUCUUUUGGGGAGGAUUUGCUGAAAAAAAGUUGCACUUUUGUUACAAUGCUUAUGCUUGGUACAAGCUUAUGCUGUCUUAAAUUAUUUAAAAAAAUAAAUACUGUCCGCAAGAAAACAGCUGUUUUAGAACAGUUUAGUAUGUGAUAUUAGAAAUCAAUCUUUAUAUACUCAGUAUUUUCCAGCACUCCACAAAUUCUAUUAUCUAAAUAUUUACACACUAUUUUGUGAAUUACAAAACUCUUACUAAGGAAUAAAAGCUUUAAUACACAACAAGGGGUUGUCUAAUAAUUAAAA